CUCUUCGUCGGAACAGCUUGCCAGCAGAUCUCAUAGAACCAUGGCUUCGAAUCCUUUCCUGCUCUCCAUGUCCAUCCUCAUUGCACUUUUGGUCCUCAGCUCCUGCCAAGCAGCUCGCCAUCUAUUGGAUACUCCAGAGGUGGAGUCUCCACCGCAUCCAACGAUCCCAACCCUCCCUAAACCGGAACUCCCCUCACUGCCCGACAUUCCAGCUCUACCCAAGCCUGAGUUGCCACCGAAGCCAGAGGAGCCGGCGCUGCCAAAGGUUGAACUGCCACCAAUAUUACCGGAAAUCCCAAAGGUCGAACUGCCUCCCAAGCCUGCCAUCCCAAGCAUCCCAAAGGUUGAACUGCCUCCCGAGCCUUCCAUCCCAGACUUCCCAAAGGUAGAAGUCCCUCCAAUGCCUUCCAUUCCAAAGGUCGAAUUGCCUCCUAAGCCCACCAUCCCUGAAUUCCCUUCCAUUCCCGGCACUGUGCACUCUCCAACACAUGAAACUACUAGCCCAUGAUGGACGCUAGGAAUGGCAUCCUAAUUAUUAACAUAUAUGAGUAGGGUCAUGGAAAUAAAUGUGGACCAUUAGCUCAUGAGCUGGUACGUUGUCAAAGGAAUCGGUGCUCGGGACUUGGGAGUCAUCUAUAUUCUUAUGGUCGUAUUUUUCUUUUAUUUCCUUGUUUGGGAUCAUAUGCUUAUUAUUCUUAAUUUUGGUCGGUUUGUGAGCAUUUGGAUGGUUUUAGUUGUACUUUGCUUCAUUGUUUUCUAGACUCUGUUCAGGAGUGUUUUAUACGAAUAAAAUUUCUUUUCUAUAUGUUCGGUCUUCAAA